UUCUCCGCCACGAAGAAGAAGAAAUGCGGAAGUCAAAUGGAUGGGGGAGUUCGCGGCGGUUUUGUGUUUAUGUGACACUUUGACAUGUCCACGUGAAUGUUUGACUACUAACAAGCAUUUACUACCCCAGCCGGACGGAUCCGACUCAACAAAGUUGUUGCCGGUGUUUGGUCCGCGUGCCUUGACCGGGAAGAGGCAGUAAAAAUGUCCACUAAUGGAAGCCCAGCGGUCGGCUUGUUGUCUUACGAGACUCUGGUUCACGCUGUGGCAGGUGCAAUGGGCAGCGUGACAGCAAUGACCACAUUUUUCCCCUUGGACACAGCGAAAAGUCGCCUGCAAGUUGACGAGAGUAGAAAGUCUAAGUCCACCCCCGUCAUCCUGGCCGAGAUAGCGCAGGAGGAAGGGGUGCUGGCUUUGUACAGAGGCUGGUUCCCGGUCAUCUCCAGCCUCUGCUGCUCCAACUUUGUCUACUUUUACACCUUCAACACACUGAAGAGGCUGACGCCCACUGCGCCUCACCAGUCCAGGCUCAGCAUAGACCUGCUCAUGGGCAUCGUAUCAGGGGCGGUGAAUGUGGUCCUGACCACGCCCAUGUGGGUGGUCAACACUCGUCUGAAGCUCCAGGGGGCCAAAUUCAGAAAUGAGGACCUUCAGCAGACGCACUACAAGGGCAUUUUUGAUGCCUUCUCCCGGAUCAUAGCGAGCGAGGGGGCGGGCACGCUGUGGAACGGCACUCUGCCCUCCCUCAUCCUCGUCCUCAACCCAGCCGUGCAGUUCAUGUUCUACGAGUCCAUGAAGAGGAGGGCAGGCAAGCGAGGCAGGAAGAUAUCGUCUGCAGAGAUCUUCCUGAUCGGAGCUGUCGCCAAGGCCAUCGCAACCACCGCCACGUAUCCACUGCAGACAGUUCAAGCCAUCCUCAGGUUUGGCCAGUACAAAGGUGAUGGCAACGGCGGCCUGAUGGGAAGUCUGGCAAACAUUUUCUCCUUGCUGAUGGAACGAAUUAAAAAGCACGGUGUUCUCGGGCUGUACAAAGGCCUGGAGGCCAAGCUGCUACAGACGGUGCUGACGGCCGCCCUCAUGUUCGUCGUGUACGAGAAGAUGGCCGCCGCCACCUUCGAGCUCAUGGGCCUGCGCGGCAAGCUUAGGAAGUGAGCGUCGCGCAGCCGCCUGCCGUCAAAAUGCGCACGUGCCGGUGGAUGCGCUGACCGACGGGACUGGCGCAACUUCAAAUAGCCACCGUAACCAGAAGGAAGUGCAGUACGUAAAACACACCAAAUGUUUCAUUUGUGCAUUUCCGUGCAGGCGGACUCUUAACAUUCAGUUUGGUUACCAUGCUAAACCAGCUAACAAUGAGAUGAAACAACUCAAAUUACCGGCAAGUUACCUCUACUAGGGCCGCUACCGAACCAUUCCUCAUCCAGUUUUUGUGUUUUAGAGAUUGCUUAAAAUGACGAUUCAUCUUAACAUGAUUGGAUAGGGACGUUGAAUAAGUUGUCCAAAUGAAUGAGCUUGAUGAAAAGCGCUUUUAGGGAUGUUGUUUUACACAGUGAAUGAUGUUUCAACAAUCCUCAUUACUGUCAGUGUGAACUCUUUGAGAAACAUGAUGCUGUCAUAGUUGUGUGUGUGUUAUAUAGAUGAUUGUCACGAUACAUUUAAGCCAAACCUUAUUCAUACUGCGGCGAUGAAUGGGAUAUUGUAGCUGGAAUUGACACAAGAAUGUGGCAAGACCUGUUAAUAUUUGUUGAAUGGCUAUUUAUUCAUAUCCCGCCUCUCGCCCAAAGCCAGCUUCGAUCGUCUCCAGCUCACCCGAACCUUAGCGAGGUUAAGCGCUCCAGAAAGGGAAUGGAUGGAUCGCAAAGGCAACUUUUGCCAUGUUCUUGAGUCACUUCCAGCCAGAAAGGACCCAUUUCACUCAAAAACUGUCAAUAAUGCCGAUGUUUCUUCCUUCAAAUAUUUCUGAAAAACAGUCCAAUGUCUUGUGUUUGUUAGACUGUUAAAAGUCGAGAUGUUUCCUCUUUUAACGGCACACUGAACAAGUGCCUGUGUGGUGCGAACGCUGCACCGGACACCAUUAGCCUACAUAUGGCACUGCCUCGCAUCACUUGGGUGCAACGUUUACAUGAAAAUAACUUCUACUUGAAGCCGUCUUCACUUAUUAAGUACAUUUUGAAACAUACUGUAGAUUGUCCAAAAAUUCUGUUUGGACUGUUUUUAUAAGAAUAAAAGUGGGUUAAUACAAAAAUAAAUCAAAUACAAACAAUUCCAA